CUAUUUUUGCUUUGUCUUAAACCACCCAAAUGUCCCCUUAGGACAAGAACAGAGCCUCUUGCAAGAGAAGUUCCUGAAAAGUAUCCACUUCAACACCGCUUGCAGCCUAGCGAAAUGGCCAUCAAAUAUUUUAUCGUCAUUUUUUUGUGUGGCAAUGUGGGGCACGGCUUUCGAGCAGCAGCAGCGUCAACUCAGCCUCCUCUCUUUGUUUCGACGGUAACGGGGACCUCAGAUGACAUGGAAAAUACCACCGAAAAGUCACCCGGCCAGUCACCCCAACCAGCCAGAGUCCCUUCCACCCAGCCAACCCAACCUGCCGAAGUCCCUUCCAACAAGCCAACCCAACUGGCUGGGGUCCCUUCCGACAAGCCAACCCAACUGGCCGGGAUCUCUUUCGACAGGCCAACCCAACUGGCCGGGAAUUCUUUCGACAAGCCAACCCAACUGGCCGGGAUCUCUUUCCACAAGCCAACCCAACUGGCCGGGAUCUCUUCCGACAAGCCAACCCAACUGGCCGGGGUCUCUUUCGACAAGCCAACCCAACUGGCCGGGGUCUCUUCCGACAAGCCAACCCAACUGGCCGGGGUCUCUUCAGACAAGCCAACCCAACUGGCCGGGGUCUCUUCCAACAAGGUAACCCAACCGGCCGAAGUCUCUUCCAACUGGUCAACCCAACCAACGUGGGUCCCUUCCAGCCAGCCGACCCAACCGAGGAGGGUCCCUUCUAUCCAGCCAACGCAACCGGACAAGGCCGCUUCCAGCCAGCCGACCCAUCCGGCCGAGGCCGCUUCCAGCCAGCCGACCCAUCCGGCCGAGGCCCCUUCCAGCCAGCCGACCCAUCCGGCCGAGGCCUCUUCCAGCCGGGCAACCCAACCCGCCCCUUCCCGCCAGCCAACGCAUCGCCCUGCUAUUUCGAUUUCCUCGACAUUGCCAGACGGGUUCCCCCAGUUUCUUUCGGAAGCUAACAGUAAAGCGGGUUCUCAAACUGAGUCCCAGUACUCUAAUACAAAUUCAGCAGCUGCGCUGUUAAUUGGGAUCAUUUUGACUGCUAUGAUGCUACUUAUAAUAGCAAUUGUUCUAUGGAAAUGCUCGAGAAAACCUCUUCGAAACGACCAGACCUGGGCUGGUCGCUCUCCAUUUGCAGAUGGUGACACCCCUGACAUCUAUAUGGACAAUAUUAGGGAAAAUGAGGAAGUCACAAAACGCACCUCCAUUAUUUCACUCUUACCUUGGAAGCUGAGCAAAAACACUCUACUAGCAGAUGACUUGGAUAUUAAGUUGUUUGAAUCGAGGGAAAACGUGGAAUCAUCAAAUUACCCGACCGAAGAGGAAAUGCAGGACCCGACAGACCCUGCGUCAAAGGACAGCGCUGACGACUUGGCACUUGGCAUUCCAGCUUGUCCGCUGAAUGAUCCAGAUCUCCCACCACCCCCUCCAUCUCUUGUUGAUCUGGAAACACUGAACAGCCAGGAAUGCGAGCCACCCAAUUCACUCCUUCAGCCCGGCACCUCUGAUCUGCCACGGCCCCUGGAGGAUCCCAACCGGGUCCAGAGGGCCGACUCUGACGCCCAAGAGUCACUUCCUCCACCUCCUGUUGACCCCCUCGGUUUGCCACCUGCCCCGGAAAGUUUCAACGCCCAGCAAGACCACGCCACUGAGGAGGUCAAGUCACUUUCCCCUGAGCUUGAGACUCAAUCUCACCACUUCCCUAGUCCUCCGGAUCUGGACCGCCACGACCUAGACGAAACACUGCCACCACCCCCCGAUGAACUGCUGUAAACUAUCCCUGCUUGCCGUUCGGUUGAUCUUACCAACUGGCUGGUUUGAGUCGGGAAAGUACUACGACAUGAAACCCCAGCUUUCGGUUUGGAAAGUCUGUAAUGACCCGCUUACCACCCAUUUACAAAGUCCGUGUAGAAACGAUAAUGCCAAGGAAACAGAAGAAAUGACUAACAGUGUGAGUCUGGUGAGAGACAGGGAUUGUGUCCAACCUUAUCAUCUUGUAUCUAUCCCAAUGCUUCGGACAGCGCUUGGCACAGAGUAAGCACUGAACGAGUGCCACCAUUCUUAGGAAUAACAGUAUCUUCUGUUGAUGAUGCUGCCCCAAAAAGAGAUUACGGACUGAUGCUAGUUGAUUUCCAAGACACACAAAAACCUCUGUUGGCAAAUUAUCCUCAGAAUUCGGAUACCUCUGGGAAAUAAAUGUCAAGAAACGGGCAUCACAUGAAUGGACAGAGACCUUGUCACAAACAAAAUGUUUUCAUGUAUUUCCUAACUGAGAACCCUGAA